AUGACAGAUUUUGAAUUUGUUAUUAUAAAUAAUAAUAAUAAUGAUAAUAGUACAUUCUCAAGUGAUAUAGUAAAGUUAUUCAGAUCAUCAAAAAAACCAUUAGAUACAUUCUUUACCUAUGAAUUGCAAAUUAACAAAUUCAACGAUAUAGAAAAGAAAAGAAAAGAAUAUUUAAACAUUGAAGAAAAUGAAUGUUUAGAAUCAGAAAUUUUAAAAAGAAGAAAAACAUCAAAAUAUAUAAAUACAAUUAGAGGAAGAAAUAAAUCAAGUGAUGAAAAUGAAAAAGUGAAAAAGAACCAUUUAGAAAUGUUAAAGCAAUCAGUUGUGACAAUUGAAGACUUAAAUCAGUUUCAAAAAAUUAAAUAUUCUGAUAAAAAGGGCCAAAUAGUAUAUUGUAAUAAUGAAAAAGAAAAAAAAAACAACAGUUGCACAAAUGUUGAAUAUAUAGAUAAGAAAUGUACAGAUAUAAUGUUAUCACAAUAUGAUCAUUUGGAUUUACAUUUAAAGAAACCUUUAUUUGACCAAAUUUACGAAUAUUCUUAUAAGAACGAUUUCACCAAUGAUGAUAGUAAAAAAGAAGGUGACGAACAAAAAGAAGAAAAAGGAAAAGAAGAUAAUGAAGAAAAUCGUGGAAAUGAAGAAAAUAAAGAAAAAGAAGAAAAUGAAGAAAAAAAAGGUAAAGAGGAAAAUAAAGAAAAAGAAGAAAAGGAAGAAAAGGAAGAAAAGGAGGAAUAUAACGAAUCUGGUGUUUAUUUAUUCCCUUAUUAUCCAAAAGCUAUUGUAUACAAUAUUAUAGAUGACAACCCCAAUUAUAUAAUACCUCAUUCAAACUAUAAUACAAAGCAUAAACACUUUAGCACCAACACCCAUGUACAUAAUAUUUAUAAAAAUUAUUUAAAUCAAAAUAAUAAUCAAAAUAAUCAAAAUAAUAAUAAUAAUAAUAAUAAUAAUAAUAUUAAUUUCUCAAUAUUAAGCAUAGAAAGAUUUGAUAAUGAUGGAAAUAUAAUAAUAGAGAAUACUCAAGUAAAUAAUGACAGUUCAGAAAAUAUCAGCUCUGUAACCAAUGAAAAUGUAAACAAUACCACAACUCCAACUGACGCAGUAUCAAAGAAAAAAUUAAAAAAGAAAAAAUUCUUUAAAAGAGGAUAA